UAUUGCUGGGAUAUUGCUGAGUACGGCGUAAAACUAAACUCACUCACUCAUGAUGCGCUAUGGUAACCGCCCUGCAGACCCUGAAACAUUUGUAACCAAAACACUCUAUGAAAGUCUGUGAUACUUGACAAGUGUAGAUUACUGCAGAUUCAGUAAAAUAUGAAAGUUAACUGAGUAUUCUUAUUGUAAUGUUUCUGAGAAACCUUAUCAACUAUCAACUAAUUUCUUCUGUAAACUAUUUACAUUUCAAAGACUAGAAGUUACUCUACCCCAUGUUCUACGUGUAGUUGUCACAUCUCCGGAUCCUAACUCCAUGAAAUGAACAUUAUGUGUGGCUGGUGCCACCGGUACAAUACGACACCUUUCGUGAGCACAGAGCACUGUCUUCGUGUUUCCAUUCAAAUAGUUGUCGCUAGUGUUCAUUUUGGUUGGCCUUUACACUGUAAGGAAUAUGUUCCAGUAAAUAUUAGAGGCUGACCAGUCUCUGCCGCUGACGCUGUGAAUAUAUGUAACACCGGUUAUUGAUACCAUCUUUGGCAAUAUAGCCUGGAUUAGAAUAGGUCCCUGCUGUGUAGAUAGCAACAGGAUAGAUCGGGUCGGGGUCAGGCUCGGUGUCUUGGAAGAGUCAGCUGACUGAGACUGCGUGCAUCUUUUCUCAAAACAUAAGUCACCGGAUUGUCUGUCCUGACUUGACAAUCUAGUCAUAAAACUGGAAUUGCGGAGUGCUGCAAUCAAGAUGGGAAUACGAAGUACCAAGCCCUGUUUGAAUCCCCCUAUUGGUGACAAGUGACCAACCCACUGAUGUGGUAAUAGCGUUACGCUCUGAUAAACACUUACAUUGCAGAUUUAUCGUUAAACUGUAGCUGAAGUUUGCAUGUGGUCUAUCUACUUACUGUAACUCAACUAGCUGUCCAUGACAUUAACAAACAUAACCAAUAAACGAUAUUAAUUUCAAUACUUUGAUUCUUUGAAGUUUGAAGUGAAAACAAUACAACUGUCAAUAUCUGUGUAGCAAAUCUGCAAAUUAAACCAGGAAUGUACCAUUACUGUUUAAAUCAAUAAGAUUUUUGCAGUUUUAAUUCAAAAUGUAUUAACAUCCGGCAACUGUAAUCCGACGGGUGUUUAAGAUAUUAGUCACCAGUAUUGAUAAUAUCCCAUGCAACCACGCAUAUUCUGAUUACAUUGUAACGCUGGGAAUCUGAAUAUCAAUAUUGUUAAUGAGUAAGUGUGCAUAAGAAUGCGAGGUCGCGCCAGCUGGUGUAUCAGCUUUUCUUCAAACUUAGUCGUAUGAAGUAUUGUCCCAACCACCUUUCAUUUAAGUAGAUCUUGCUACGAGACAGGAUCCAGGAUUGUGGUUCAGUUAAUGUGUGCAGCCAUACUGACCCCUGGAGACGUUUUAUGCAGAAGACAGGUUUUAUAUUCAUUUGAAUGGAGUCGAUUUUUUACCUCACUUUUGUCUUCUUCGUGGCCUCAGCGUCUGAUCUUCCUGGACAUCUUAAACCAUUUGGGUCACAUACCACUCCGGCGGAAGUUGAGGUAGUAACCGAAUUCCCAGAACCUAAAGACUUCUAUGAAAAGUAUCAGAGAGGAGGAGGCAAACCUGUUCAUUUCAAAUCCGUUCUGAAAAACGUGGACUUCAAGCCGUUCAAAAGAUGGACGGACGAUUAUUUGAACGAGAAGUUCGGAGAAGAGACGGUUAUGGUGGAGAAGUAUAAAAAAGAGGUGAGAGAUGCCGGAACGAACACGAUGUCUCUCCGCAAGUUUCUCAGCGUCUACAAGGAGAAGGACAUCUAUAUGGUUCAGGAUCUGCUCGAUGUCAUGCGUGACGACAUGUCCAUACCUCGUAGCAUUCAAUGUGGCGGCUUCCAGAACGUCAUGGAAACGGUGGUCCUGUGGUUUAGCAGUGGAGGAACCAAGUCAGUUUUACAUUUGGACGAAAUGGAGAAUUUCAACUGUCUACUAGACGGAACUAAGGACCUUGUGAUGGUAGACCGUAAAUUCAAAGCGGAGAUAGAAGACCGCGGUUGGAUGGCUAACGGCGUGUAUAGCGAGAUGGACGUGGAUAAGGUCGAUAUGGAGAAAUACCCCAUGGUAAAUAAGGUUCAGACUUUCAAAGUGUCCAUGGAACCUGGUGACUGUCUUUACAUUCCAUACAUGUGGUACCAUCAAGUAAAUUCCUUUGGAAACCGUAAUCUCGCUGUGAACAUAUGGUUUGUCCACAUCCCUUGGUUCAACUACACGGACUGUGACAACGUGGCCACGCCCGAACAGACGGUGCCCUUCCAAAGAUUCGGAUUCAUGUCGGAAUUCAAGCGGGCAAGUACUACCUUUUUAAGACCUUUAUUUGAUUAUCCGGAGGUCACCACAAACAUAUUCCUCCACGAAUAUGUAACAGAAGAUGUAGAUGAAGUGACUAGGGGCGAAAUUCUAAACUACAUCGACGUUGACAAAGACGGCGUCCUGAGCUGGAAUGAACUUCUCAAGGUCGACGUCGUAGCCUUCGUGAAGGAGUUUGAAAGACAUCUUAGUGUAGAUCCGGAACUAUUGGAGAACAUUGGCGCCAACCCCUAUGGAGGACAUGACGAGCUGUGAGGACAUCACAGGGUGCCAGGCAGGGGACCAGUCACCGACCAUCUGCGUACCCUUUCUUUCAAUCUGUUUCCACCAAAAGAAAUAUAGGUCUUAUAUGUAUCAGAUAGAAGCUCUUUUGGAAAUUCUCUAAAAAUCGAUAGAAUGUGUUCAUCAAGUUAAUGAAUAGAACACCAUGCAACAAAUAGUCGUAAGAAGUAAACUGUUUCCUUAAGCUUAGUUAAUUAUGUCUUCCGUGGAAAUUGCAUGAGACAGUUUUAUACUUUUCAUGAAAUGACUAAAUGAAUUGCAAAUAUAUUUUUAUAUUCACGAUAUUUUUGUCCAAGGCAAGAUAUUCGAAUAGUUGGUAGAAUAAUAAAAAAUAUUUUGGAUAAAGUAUUGAAAUUGUGAUAGCGCAUUCCUUUAGCUGGGUCACUACUGGUUGUAGCUUACGGUUACAAAUUAACUUUUUGUGUAAAUUGUACAAUUAUAUUUAAAGUUAACAUAUUUAUAAUAAUUCACCAACUGAAAUAUUUUUCCUGGAGUGGUAUUUACACAACGGUUUGCUUGUUUACCAAUCAUGAUUUAGUUUGUAAAAUAAAAACGUUUAAAGCCACAAGGCGUACGAGUUCACUUCAGUAAUAUUUACCGAGCAAAUGUUAUGUUAUUAGGACAGGUAAGUGUGUUCUGUAAACUGUAAACGGAACGUGGGAAACGAUAUCAUAUUCCGUAAACAGAAACACGAUGCAUUCCUUUUCCAUAUUUUGUACAUACAUGUUCACAGUGAUUAUUCAUAUCGAUGUCUUAUGCUAGUUCUUUCUCGGUAGGUUAUUCACUUUAAUGAUUUACACAUCAGCUUCCUCGCCUACUCGACCAGCUGUGUCGUGGCCUCGGUGAUCAAUCGAGCUGUAUAGCAAGCUCGCUGUCGGGAUUUACAGACCGUGAUGUCAGUAACAGAUGUAUUCUGCUACAGUGUGGACACAUGGCGCCUCUCCAUCUGUCCUGUAGGGAUCUCCCCCCGCCCCUUUAUUUGUGGUAAAAUCUGUGACAGGAUGUACCGUCUCUGCAACAACUUGCUAGCCUUUUUCCAAUACUAAGAAACAUAGUAAUUAUCACAUUGUUGAUUUCAGAAAUACAAUUGUUUUCCUAUAUUGUUGAAUUUCCUUUUUUUUUUGGAUGUUAAUAAAUAUGUUAAUUAUCA